AUGUCCAACAAUCACAACGUGUCGGAGAGUCAAUUUGGACAUAACGCGUUGGUUAUUCAAGGCAACAAUAGCGCACCAAUUAAUGCUGGUUCUCCAGAGGAAGACAGCUCUUGGCUUGAGAAAAUUAGUCAAGAGAAUCCUGAAUACCACAAAAGACGCAUUUUUGAAUCAAAGGGCCCAUUCUUACAUGAAUCGUUUCACUGGAUUCUUGACAAUGCAGACUUCAACAAGUGGCGCAAUGCUGAGAAAAGCGGCGUGUUCUGGAUCAAAGGAGACCCUGGCAAAGGAAAGACAAUGCUACUUGGCGGUCUGGUCGACAAUUUCGAAGAAAGUCCCCAAAUAGGUCUCAACCUUGCCUAUUUCUUCUGCCAGGCUACAGACUCCAGGAUCAAUACCGCUGCUGCUGUUAUUGGAGGCUUAACUGUCUCACUAAUCAAGGAGCAUCAUGAACUUCGGUCAUACAUACACACCAAGUAUAAACAUGACUUGAACAAACUCAACGGGCCUGAAGGAUGGUAUAUCUUGCACGAUAUUUUUGAAAAGGUCACGCGACACUCGACAUUACCCAAUCCCGUCUGUAUUGUUGAUGCUCUCGAUGAGUGUGAACAAGAACACGGCUGCAAACAGCUCCUCAGGCUUAUCAUUGAAACAAGCAGCCGCGUUAAGUGGCUUGUUUCAAGCCGCAAUAUUACGGAAAUAGAGAGAGAGCUCCAAGAAAUUGACUCUAGUCGAAUGCUAAGCCUGGAACUGAAAGAAAACGCCGAAUAUAUCACCAACUCCGUUGACUUGUAUAUUGAUAACUCUAUUCGGAAUAUCAUGGCAUUACAAGGCGACGAGGAACUCCAGACCAGGGCGACCAGUGUAUUGAAAAGCAAGGCAAAUGGCACCUUCUUAUGGGUAGCUCUCGUCAUCGGGCAAUUGCGUCAUACAAAACAUCGCGAUAUAGAAGACGUGCUCGAAGAAAUGCCAGAAGGUCUGGAGAGUCUCUAUAGCCUAAUCUUAACCCGAUUAACCAAGCAGAAAGACAAGGACGUCUACCAAAUCCUACUCUCGACUGUCGCUGCAGCUGAACGACCUCUUCGUCUAGAAGAAUUGCUUACAUUCAUAAGCUUCCGAUGGAAAGAUUACAAAACGACAUAUGGCUUGCGCGAUGUACAAGAUAUUGUAAAAGAUUGCGCAUCCUUUUUAUCUAUACGGGAUGACGAUAAGUCUGUUAAUUUUAUCCACCAGUCGGUCAAAGACUACAUGAUGGGACCUGCUGUUAGAGUUAUUUUCCCUUCAGGAAUCGAAUAUCAGCACUAUAGAAUGUUUACAACUUCACUAGGCGCCAUGUCUCGCAUCCUCAAACAUAACAUAUAUGGCCUUCGAGAUCCUGGAAGCGAUAUAAAAGCGAUUUCUCCGCCUACUCCCGAUCCAUUAGCGCCUAUAAUAUACUGUUCAUUGAAGUGCAACUUCGAUACAUAUCUCUGGUGCACUGAGACAUGGACAAUGGGUCGCCAGAUCAAAUGCGGAUUCGAAACAAGAUUAUCCGACUUCUUUUCUGAUGCAGCUUUGUCCGUACGCAACGAUUUAAACGAAAUUUUUCUUGACAGCAUGGAUACAGGAGAGACUUUGCUCAGAUUUGAGGCACAUGUUAAGGGACAAAAUCUCAUAUUUUCUCCUGAUUGGACGCAGUCAUCGCUGUUUGCAUCUUCCAGUGAUUAUGAAAUUCAAAUAUGGCUGGCUUUUAUAGAUACAAGGGCCAAGUCAUCCGACGUGCAGAACACUGUCAAAUAUGGAGCCCGAAUCGCUAUAUCACCCAAAUCUAAAUAUGUGGCGGUGUGGGGUGAUGGAGGAGGCAGUAUCCAAAUUUGGAGUGGAGAGAGCGGCGAAUGUAUUCAAGCCCUUCAAGGAGAGAAGAAUGGACUAUUCGAGUGCUCGUAUCGUCCAUUCUUCUCACCUGAUUUGGAACAUGUGGCCUGCGUCCAGGGAUCAAAAGGCGUUAUCCAGAUCUGGCACGUUAGGACUUGGAAGCUCAUUCACCUCCUUGAAGGCCCACGCCAUCAGUUUAACGACGUAAACACGAAUUUUUCGGACGAUUCACGAUACAUCGUUGCAGGCUAUCAUGACGGUCUAGUUUUUACAACUCUUGGACGGUCUGCAUCUUGGACUGGCGCGCAGACCGGUGCAUCUCCCGAAUCCAGCUGGAAGGCGAGUUUCCAAUUUCAACAGGAGUAA